AUGGACGGAAAAACAACUAAAAUGCCAAAAGUGGCAAAGGUAAAAAACAAAGCUCCAGCUGAAAUACAAAUAACUGCCGAACAAUUGCUUAGAGAAGCCAAAGAAAGAGAUUUGGAAAUAUUACCACCUCCACCAAAACAAAAGAUAUCAGACCCAGAAGAACUGAGAGAUUACCAGCAUCGUAAACGAAAGGCAUUUGAAGACAAUAUUCGUAAAAAUAGACAAGUAAUCGGGAAUUGGCUUAAAUAUGCUCAGUGGGAAGAGUCACAGAAACAGAUACAGAGAGCUCGCUCAAUAUAUGAAAGAGCAUUGGAUGUGGAUCAUAGAAAUAUUACCCUUUGGUUAAAGUACACAGAAAUGGAAAUGCGUAACAGACAAGUUAACCAUGCUCGUAAUUUAUGGGACAGAGCAGUAACAAUACUGCCAAGGGUAUCUCAGUUUUGGUACAAAUAUACUUAUAUGGAAGAAAUGUUAGAAAAUGUUGCUGGAGCAAGACAAGUAUUUGAGCGUUGGAUGGAGUGGCAACCCGAUGAGCAAGCAUGGCAAACUUACAUCAAUUUUGAAUUAAGGUACAAAGAAUUAGAUAGAGCCAGACAAAUUUAUGAGAGAUUUGUGAUGGUCCAUCCCGAUGUAAAGCAUUGGAUAAAAUAUGCUAAAUUUGAGGAAAAUCAUGGCUUUAUAAACAGUGCGAGAAAAGUAUAUGAAAGAGCAGUUGAGUUUUUUGGGGAUGAAGAACUUGAUGAACGGUUAUUUAUUGCAUUUGCAAAAUUUGAGGAGAACCAAAAAGAACAUGACAGGGCAAGGGUUAUCUACAAAUAUGCUCUAGACCAUAUUCCAAAAGAUAAAAAUAAAGAACUAUACAAAGCAUACACAAUUCAUGAGAAAAAGUAUGGAGAUAGAUCUGGGAUUGAGGAUGUUAUUGUCAACAAAAGAAAAUAUAUGUAUGAACAAGAAGUAAUAGAAAACCCAACAAAUUAUGAUGCUUGGUUUGAUUACAUACGGCUUGUUGAAAAUGAAGGCAAUGUAGAUGAUAUUAGAGAUACAUAUGAAAGAGCAAUAGCUAAUGUGCCACCAUCAAAAGACAAACAGUUUUGGAGACGAUAUAUUUAUUUAUGGAUCAAUUAUGCUUUGUAUGAAGAAUUAGAAGCUGAAGACAUAGAAAGAACUAGGCAAGUAUACAGAACAUGUCUGGAAUUAAUACCCCAUAAAAUAUUUACAUUUUCAAAGAUAUGGUUAAUGUAUGCUCAAUUAGAAGUAAGGUGUAAGAAUUUAAAACAAGCAAGGAAAACUUUAGGGUUGGCAUUAGGAAUAUGUCCAAGAGAUAAAUUAUACAGAGGGUAUAUUGACUUAGAAAUUCAAUUACGUGAAUUUGAUAGAUGUAGAAUAUUGUAUCAGAAAUUUCUUGAAUAUGGACCAGAAAAUUGCAUAACAUGGAUAAAAUUUGCUGAAUUAGAAACAUUGCUUGGAGAUAUUGAUAGAGCAAGAGCUAUAUACGAAAUAGCUGUCUCUCAACCAAGAUUAGAUAUGCCAGAACUUCUGUGGAAAAGUUACAUAGAUUUCGAAGUUUCUCAAGGUGAAACUGAAAAAGCCAGACAACUUUAUGAAAGGCUGUUAGAGAGAACUGUUCAUGUGAAAGUAUGGUUGUCAUAUGCGAAAUUUGAGUUAAAUGCUGAGAACCCAGAUAAUAUUAAUGUUGAACUGGCAAGAAGAAUUUAUGAACGUGCAAAUGAUAGCCUCAGGAGUGCUGGAGAAAAAGAAGCAAGAGUUCUUCUUUUAGAAGCAUGGAAAGAAUUUGAAACAGAAGUUGGAGAGGAAUCCAAGCUAGAAAAAGUGUUAUCCAAGAUGCCCAGAAGAGUUAAAAAGAGGCAAAAGAUAGUAAGUGAAUCUGGAGUAGAAGAAGGAUGGGAAGAAGUGUUUGAUUACAUAUUCCCUGAAGAUGAAAUGGUAAGACCCAACCUCAAAUUACUUGCAGCAGCCAAAAAUUGGCGAAAGCAAAAGGAAGUUGAAACAGAACCAUCAGAUGCAAAUAAUAAGGACCCAUCUGAAGAACAAUCAGCCUCGACAUCCGGAGAACAAGAUGCAGAAGAAAGUAAUGAAUGA